UAUAUACUACACAAUCUUGAUGAAAACGUUUGAGUAAAAACACAAAUGCGAUGUUUAAAUGUGAAUUAUAUUUUUCACCAACUAAAGAGCGCCGUGUUAUAUUUAAUUUAUAAAAAAAACGGUGGCUGUUAUGCACAUAUAGGUCAGUGGGUAUUUAGUAUUUCUAUGUUUAUUUAUUUUUUUGCUUCGUGUGCAGCUCGUGUCGUGAACUGUAAGUUUGGGCAAAUGUUGUUAAAGGCAACCCCCAAUUAACAUUAAACUUAAUGAGCAUGUUUUAUUUCCAUGCCGCACCACGGGCACGCAGACAUGAUCCAAAUUGGAGGGUGCGAAUAACCGCUUUCAAUAAAGGUCAGAAAUUCACGGAGUGGCUAUUUUCCACUUUGAACAGUUCAAGCAAGAAACGGGAAGGAUAUUCGCGUUAGUCGACGUGUGAAACUAAGAAGAACAUUUGAAAGUCGCUCGACAAAUGCUGAUUUUUUUUAUUUUUUUUUAAACCAAAUUACUGCAUGCCUUGAAGUUUUUGUAAACAUUGUUUUGGUUAGCAGGGUGCUUACGUGGCCUAUAAAAUAGCUCAUAAAACGAGCUUCGAAAAUGUCAUUUGGCUUGAACAUGCACCAGGAGCAGCCGCGACGACGGCAACAAACGGACUUUUUCCCUUCUGACGUCAUCGUCGUUUCAUUCAUAAUUUCUCCAAUCUAGCAUCAAUCAGAUUUUAUUCAUUUAUCCCUAUUUUCCCCAACUGUGCUUGUUAUUGGGGACCGUGUGCGUAUUUAAUGACCAGAGGGAUUGAUUUAUGCUUUAUUGUUCAGCCCGUAUGAUCACGUGCGCCCGCCGUCCAAUGGCCUGCCGGCGUGGCUCCCACAUUACAACCCACUGUAGUUUCUGCGAGGGGCCAAGUUGCUACUUGAUUUCUCCACAUUGUUAUUUUGUGAAGCUCUCUUUACUGCUUGCGUAUGUGUGUGUGCGCGCGUGCUUUUUUCCCUCUGUUGUUGUCGUCGCCGCCGUAUGGCUCUGCUGGCCGGCUAACUUGGGUGCGUGUGACCGUGUAGUUUGCCGCUAUGUCGACAUCCGGAGCGGUGACUAGUUACUACGUCGAUUCUCUCAUUCUCCCCGAGAGCGAGGAGCUCUCCAUGCCGAGAUACCCAUCCGGGCCCGGGUACCAGCACGGCAGACAGCACCCCCCUUCCAUCGGCGAGCACGGCGAGCUCGGACCGUGCACCUUCACGUCCAAACCCGCCGUGUUCGGCCCGUCGUGGAGCCACGUCCCGGCUCAGUUCCCGGGCAGCGUCUCGUCUGUGUACCACCACCCCUAUGGGCACCCCCAAGGCCCGGUCGGGGCCGAGUCAGACGCCCGCUACCAAUCGUGGCUCCUGGAACCCAUGUCCGGGUCCCUGCCCAUGAGCGGAUUACAGGCAUCCCACCAUUACGGAAUCAAACCCGAGGCUGCCGGUUCGCACACGGCGCUGCUGCUCUCCGACUACAGCAACGGCUCGGUGCAAUCGGGCGGGGAGAAGGAGGCGCUCGCCGGCCGGGGAGUCGACGUUACCGGGGAGGGUGAAGAGAAGCCGAACCUGGAUCCGAAUAACCCCGUGUCCAACUGGCUCCACGCGAGUGCCACGAGAAAAAAGCGCUGUCCGUACACAAAGCACCAGAUCCUGGAGCUGGAGAAAGAAUUCCUCUUUAACACCUACCUGACCAGGGACCGUAGGUACGAGGUGGCCAGGCUGCUGAACCUCACGGAGAGACAGGUUAAAAUCUGGUUCCAGAACCGCCGGAUGAAGAUGAAGAAGUUUAACAAAGAUGGCGCAUCGAAAGAUGAGUGACUGAUGAGUCAAGGAGAAUCACAUUGAGGCUAAUGGCGAGCUUUUUCUCGUGCGCUCUGCCGGAGCUUCUGGAAAAACUCGUUUUCGUGUUCCAUAUAGUAGAACCUAUUGGACUUGAUUGUCUUGUAUAGAAGCAUGUUAGGCUCCCGUUUGAAGCGACUACCUUUUUUUUAUAUUGCACAAUUUUAACAGUGCCCCCCCCCCUUUUUUUUUUUGUUAGUUGCCCUUUUCAUAUGGUGUUUCAUUUUAUUAUUUUUUUUCCCCAUUAGUACCUCGUUAAAGUGAAUUAUUUGGCCUGGUCUCUGUGCUUGUUUGUGUUUGGAUGUUUCCAGUUAUGUGUUGUCUAUUUCACAGUCACCUGAGCUAGUUUGUAAAAUGUGUUGGAUUUUGUUGUUGUUUCUCUCUUAUAGUUAUAUGACUCAAUUUAGUCUGGCAGUUAUGGUUAAAAAAAAUUAUAUAUGUAUAUAUAGGUGCUACAUCUCAAAAACCUCCGAAGUAUUAUCAGAGAAGCUCUAUGUUACGUUACAUGACUGACUACCUAUGUGUUUA